UUUCCGCUCUCUCGCUCCCUGUGAAAGCCGAGUGUAGCGCAACUGCAGGCGCCUCCGGCGAGAAAGGGAGAGGAAGAGAUAGAGGGCGGGGGAAGAAGGAGAAACAGAAAGGUAAAAAAGUCUUUUAGGAGAACCGAUCGCAUUUGCAACAAAGAACCUGGGGACUGGGAACGAUUCCCGGGACGCAGGGCUGAAGCGUCUGAUUCCAGCUAAGCGCCCAGGCUCGGGCGCGAGUGGAGACCCUGCCCGCUCCCGUCGCUUCUGAAACCGACUUCCAGGAGCGGCUUUUAAAAAGCCCAAGGCACAAGGACAGUCACCCCAGCGACUAUGUCUCCAGAUUUGUCGCCUCGUCCUCUUUAAAAGCGGCAUUCCUCUCCCCCCAAGACACGUUUACCCCACUUCCUUUGAAGUGCUUUAGUUGAGAUUUAUUCUUUUUCUUGGUUUAAAAAAAAACUAUGCGCUGUUGUUGAAUAAAAAUAAACAAACAAAAAGCAAAAGCAAGACAGCAGCUGCGGACUUGUCCCUGCCUGGAGUGGAUGAGCCUCUCCAUGAGAGAUCCGGUCAUUCCUGGGACAAGCAUGGCCUACCAUCCGUUCCUACCUCACCGGGCGCCGGACUUCGCCAUGAGCGCGGUGCUGGGUCACCAGCCGCCCUUCUUCCCCGCGCUGACGCUGCCUCCCAACGGCGCCGCAGCGCUCUCGCUGCCCGGCGCCUUGGCCAAGCCGAUCAUGGAUCAAUUGGUGGGGGCGGCUGAGACUGGCAUCCCUUUCUCGUCCCUGGGACCCCAAGCACAUUUGAGGCCUCUGAAGAGUAUGGAGCCCGAAGAAGAGGUGGAGGACGACCCCAAGGUGCACCUGGAAGCCAAAGAACUUUGGGAUCAGUUUCACAAACGGGGCACGGAGAUGGUCAUUACCAAGUCAGGAAGGCGAAUGUUCCCUCCGUUUAAAGUGAGAUGUUCUGGGCUGGAUAAAAAGGCCAAGUAUAUUUUAUUGAUGGACAUUAUAGCUGCUGACGACUGUCGAUAUAAAUUUCAUAAUUCUCGGUGGAUGGUGGCCGGUAAGGCAGACCCUGAGAUGCCCAAAAGGAUGUACAUCCACCCGGACAGCCCGGCCACGGGGGAGCAGUGGAUGUCCAAAGUGGUCACUUUCCACAAACUGAAACUCACCAACAACAUUUCCGACAAACACGGAUUUACUAUACUGAACUCCAUGCAUAAAUAUCAGCCUCGGUUCCACAUCGUACGAGCUAAUGAUAUCUUGAAACUGCCUUACAGUACAUUUAGGACGUACUUGUUCCCUGAAACCGAAUUCAUUGCUGUGACUGCAUACCAGAAUGAUAAGAUAACUCAGUUAAAAAUAGACAAUAAUCCUUUUGCAAAAGGUUUUCGGGACACUGGAAAUGGCAGAAGAGAAAAAAGAAAACAACUCACCCUGCAGUCCAUGCGGGUAUAUGAUGAGAGACACAAGAAGGAGAAUGGGACCUCAGACGAGUCCUCAAGUGAACAGGCGGCCUUCAAGUGCUUUGCUCAGGCCUCCUCCCCAGCAGUUUCCACUGUAGGAACAUCAAACCUCAAAGAUCUGUGUCCCAGCGAGGCCGAGAGCGACGCCGAGGCCGAGAGCAAGGAGGAGCACGGCCCCGAGGCCUGCGACGCGGCCAAGAUCUCCACCACCACGUCGGAGGAGCCGGGCCGGGACAAGGGCAGCCCCGCGGUCAAGGCGCACCUCUUCGCGGCCGAGCCUGGCGGCCGGGCCCGGGACAGCGGGCGUCUGGACAAGGCAUCGCCUGACUCGCGCCACAGCCCGGCCACCAUCUCGUCCAGCACGCGUGGCCUGGGGGCCGAGGAGCGCCGGAGUCCGGGCCGCGAGGGCGCCUCGGCCACGGCAGCGGCCAAGGUCGAGGAGGCGCGCGCGCUGCCGGCCAAGGAAGCCUUCGCGCCGCUCACCGUGCAGACAGACGCGGCCACCGCGCACCUGGCGCAGGCUCCCCUGCCUGGCCUCGGCUUCGCCCCGGGCCUGGCCGGCCAGCAGUUCUUCAAUGGGCACCCACUCUUCCUGCACCCCGGCCAGUUCGCCAUGGGGGGUGCCUUUUCCAGCAUGGCGGCGGGCAUGGGGCCCCUGCUGGCCACUGUGUCGGGGGCCUCCACUGGUGUCUCUGGCUUGGAUUCCACCGCCAUGGCCUCUGCCGCUGCGGCGCAGGGACUGUCCGGAGCUUCGGCGGCCACACUGCCCUUCCAUCUACAGCAGCAUGUCCUGGCCUCCCAGGGCCUGGCCAUGUCGCCUUUCGGAAGCCUGUUUCCUUACCCCUACACGUACAUGGCUGCGGCAGCCGCCGCCUCCUCCGCGGCGGCCUCCAGCUCGGUGCACCGUCACCCGUUCCUCAACCUGAACACCAUGCGCCCGCGGCUGCGCUACAGCCCCUACUCCAUCCCCGUGCCGGUGCCCGACAGCAGCAGCCUGCUGAGCUCCGCGCUGCCAUCCAUGAUCCCCGCCGCCGGACCCCUGGAUGGCAAAGCCGCCGCGCUGGCAGCCAGCCCGGCCUCGGUGGCCGUGGACUCGGGCUCAGAACUAAACAGCCGCUCCUCCACGCUCUCCUCCAGCUCCGUGUCUUUGUCGCCUAAACUCUGCUCGGAAAAGGAGGCGGCCACCAGCGAACUGCAAAGUAUCCAGCGAUUGGUCAGUGGCUUGGAAGCCAAGCCGGACAGGUCCCGCAGCGCAUCUCCUUAAGUCCCCCAUGCACACCACCACCAUCACCACAUCCCCCCAAAAAAGUCUCUUCAUUCCAGUUCAGUCAAGUCUGCACUUUGUUGGAUGUAAAAUACACCACGGGCCUGCCGUGAGGUGACCCCUUCCUUUGCAGUGGCGCGUCUGGGAAAGAGCGCUGGACUCCCUCCAGGGAAUGAUCUAGGAAUGGGCCCUGUCUUCUUGGCUUGGUUUAUAGAUUAUAGAUCCGGUAUCUGGCUCAGAUUCUGGGGCUCAGAAAAAAGCUAUUGCAUGGAGCGAUUGGGGUAGACGGAAAACUUAAAGCAGCUUCCACUGCUUCCUAUCUGGAAGCUGAGGUUGAACCAGAAGGUA